UCUCAACUACUCCCAGAGGAUCUCUUCUCCCAACUUCUAGCUCUACCUUUCUCCCGACCAAGGCCGUCAACGUCCCCUUCGCGACUGGGCCGGAAGCACUCGGGCGACUUCCGGAGGCGGGUUCAGCGGCUAGAAGCGGGGCCUGGCCUGGGCGCAGAACUUUCCCAGGGGGAAAAAAAAGCUGCAACGUCUGUUGGCAGCCAUUGAAGAAUGGCCAGUGAGGUUCAAGAACCACUCCUGGAUAGUUCCUGCUCUGGCUCUUCAGAAGACAGGGACUCAGAAAAUGACAUUGUGAGUAAACAUCAGGAUUCAGAUAAUGAUCAGAGUGAAUAUAACACAGUUGCCAAAUGUGUGGGUGAGGAUGCUGAACCUUUGGAAAUGCCAGCACAGCCUGCUGAUCCAUGCCAAGCCACGAAAAUGAAAGGGAAACGUGAAGAGGAGCCAACGACUGAGGCAGCCUUGGUGCCUCCCGUGGAGAUAGCUGUCCCUGUUCCAGUGCCACCCUUGAACGAAGGGAAGGGAGCAAAACGGAUGAUGGAGGAUGAUGCUGAUGUUUUUAAAGACAUGCCUGAUGUAUGCCAGGAAGCUAGAGAGCCAGGAAGGGCUAUGCUGCUGCCUGACCUUUUUGGGGAAGCCCAGGAAGCACACAGCAGUUUGGAUGUCAGCCGGGCAGGAGGCUGCACAAAGGUGGAACAGGCUAUUCCUUGCUUGUCCAACACGGUCUCAGAAAAUCAGCGCAAACGCUUUCGGGGUUUUGCCUAUAAAGAGACUGAAGGUCCCCAAGUGGCUUAUGAGCGGCUCCAGGAAUUGUUGUUCCAGUGGUUGAAACCAGAGGCCCGCAGCAAAGAGGAAAUCGUUGAGCAGCUAGUCCUUGAGCAGUUCCUGAACCUCCUCCCUGACGAUGUCCAGAAAUGGGUCCGGGAACGUCAUCCAGAAAAUGGGGAUGAGGCUGUUGCCCUGGCAGAAGACUACCAGUUUCUGCAUCCUGAGCCUGGGCGGCAGCCCUAUCCAGAGAGAGCAAGGCAGCGGGCUUCAGCAAGAAGCUGGCUGCGCUGAAACCUCAGGAGCAGACAGGCAGGAAGGGCUCUUUGUUGACAGCUGGGAUGAACUUCGGGAAAAUGGCGCUUUUCCAGGCAAAAUCUGAUGGUCUUUUGUCUGCCAGUAACUCUCCCUACUCAGGAUGUUGCACUGCUGAGUCCUUUCUGUGUGUACAUCUGAAGGAUUGUCUGAAAUGGCUCUUGUCUGCCUGAGCAUCUGAAUCAUUUAAUAGUACAAAACGUUGAUAUUACCCAUUCUAAUAAAAUGCAGAGUACCCAUGCCUGUGUUUAUCCUGCUAA